GCUCCCCCCAAGCUUCACAAUCUUUGAUAGCAAUUCACUUGAUUACUGUACAAGGAAGCGAAUCCCCUUUUCUCUCCCGUGCUAAUCAACGCCACCAUACAAAAGUUACAUCAAUCCCCCCUUCAACCCUUUUCCCCGACUUCUGCCAUCUUGCUUCUUUGGCUUUCUUUGUUCUUGUUGGAUGGGGAGCUCAUCGGAUUAGCUUCCAAGGACCAUCUUCUCUCCUUAUUUAUUAUACUCCACCGCUUUCCCUGGCUCUGUUGUUUCUCCUCACCUCGCUUCCCUUCCUCCCCCUUUCCCCCUCUCCCUCCUACGCUAGUCUAUCAAGAUGGCAGCGAAUACCCGAACCUUACGGUUCAUGCUAUUAGCUUUCUUCGUGAGUAAAACCUGCCAACCCAUUUUUUCCCCUUUCGCGGAGCCAUGAAUCAUUCUUCCUCUUUUCCCACCCGGCACACACACUUACACAUCCAAAUCCGGAUCAGUCGAUAGCUGUCCUUUUCAAGAUCUACACAACAAACUACCACGCCGGCACACCACGGGUGGACGUCGAAGAAAUCGCCGCGCAACAGCGUGCGCAGGAUUCAUCAUCUUCAUCGCAAUCCAACGACAAUAAUGGCUCUUCUUCGAACCCGGCAAGCGGUCUCCCAACUGGAGUUCACCCGGGAAAGCGCGCGAACGCUACUUUCGUCACGCUGGCGAGGAAUACCGAUAUCUGGGAGAUUGCGAAGUCUAUUAGGCAUGUUGAGGAUCGGUUCAAUCGGAAGUUUAAUUAUGAUUGGGUGUUUCUGAAUGAUAAGCCUUUUGAUACACAGUUCAAGAAGGUUACUACCGCGCUUACUAGUGGGAAGGCGAAGUACGGGUUGAUUCCGGAGGAACACUGGAGCUUCCCGGAUUGGAUUGAUCAGGAGAAGGCGAAGAAGGUUAGAGAGGACAUGGUAAGUUUCCCCUCCCCCCUUUCAAUUUUUGUCCCGGGGUUUUCUGUUUUGCUUGCUUAUUAAAAAUUGGUGUUUUCGUUUUUUUGUUGGGUGUCGGCUGGGUCAGCUAAUUGCCGAUUGAUUUGUGUUCUAGGCUCAGCGAAAGGUUAUAUAUGGCGAUUCCAUCCCUUACCGGCACAUGUGCCGUUACGAAUCUGGUUUCUUUUUCCGACAUGAGCUAUUGCUCGACUACGAGUACUACUGGCGUGUGGAGCCAUCGGUUGAACUGUUUUGCGAUGUUGAUUACGACGUCUUCCGCUUCAUGGCCGAUAACAAUAAGAAGUACGGCUUCGUCUUGUCAUUGUAUGAAUACGUCGAGACCAUCCCGACACUUUGGGACAGUGUCAAGAGUUUCAUGAAGGAGCAUCCGGAACACAUUCACUCGAACAAUGCAAUGGGAUUCCUCAGUGACGAUGGAGGGGAAACCUAUAACCACUGCCAUUACUGGUCCAAUUUCGAAGUUGGCAGUCUGGAUUUCUGGAGGGACAAGGCAUACACCGAUUUCUUCGAUAAGCUGGAUAAGGAUGGUGGUUUCUUCUAUGAGAGAUGGGGCGAUGCUCCGGUUCACAGCAUCGCGGCUAGUUUGCUGCUGGACAAGUCGCAGAUUCAUUUCUUUGAGGACAUUGCGUACGGAACCCUACACAAGUGUAACCACUAACGGUUUUCGGAAGCUAACGCACGCUAUUAUAGUUACUACCACGUGCCUUUCACGCACUGUCCUACUACAGAAAAGGAUCGGUUGAAGCUCAAGUGCCACUGUAACCCUAAGGAUAACUUUGACUGGAAGGGUAUGUUAUUCAAUUACCCCUACCGAUUUUACUCGAUAUCCGGAAGCUAAUAACCCCCCAGGCUACUCUUGCUUAUCCCGCCACUUCGAAAUAAACAGCAUAGAAAAGCCAGAAGGAUACGAGACACAAAUGGACUAAAAAAAUACCAGAUACUUUCCUUUGUUCCUGUUUUUCCCCUAAUUGUUUUUACACCCAUUUUUGUUUAAAUUUUCCGGCACCCCGCCGGAACGUAGGGAUAAUUGGGCGGGCCCUUAGAACAUGAGUUUUAUGUAGUACAGACAAAGGGGGAGGGAGAGGGGGAGAAGAGAGAAGAGGAGGGGAGGGUGGCAGGUUUCGGCGAAAGCAACGAACUCGACGUUUUACAAGGGUGAUAUUUUGAUUAACGGCGAGGGGGAAAGGGGAAGAGUAACCAUAGGGAGAACAGGGUUGAUAUCGGGUCUAUAAAGUUUGUUUCGGUGCGCUUGUGUGAUGUACAAAUGCGAUACCAUAGCAGUCGAAAGAA